AUAGGCUGUUUAGGAUCUAUAAUAUGAGAUUAUUAUAUCGAAAUUAUGAUUAAUAUUAUUGUAUUAGUAGUUUCUUGGCAAAGCAUUUGGUAAGAAUAAAACAAUCCCAAAAAGAGGUACAAAUCAGCAAAUCAGUACAAACUUUUAAAAAAACAUUGUGAUCUCAACUAAAGUAUCAAAAUGUCGAAAGCACAUCCGCCAGAAUUGAAAAAGUUUAUGGAUAAAAAAUUAUCGAUAAAGUUGAACGCCGGACGCGCUGUGACCGGCGUGUUGAGAGGAUUUGAUCCGUUUAUGAACCUGGUGCUCGACGAAUCUGUGGAGGAAUGUAAGGAUGGACAGCGUAACAAUAUUGGAAUGGUGGUGAUAAGAGGGAACAGUAUCAUCAUGUUGGAGUCUUUAGAUAGAAUAUAGAAUUUCCAAUUACUAAGCCCGAUAAUUCAAUUAAUUUAAGCUAGGCACAAUACAAACAUUAAUGAUUGUGAAAUAAGUAUGACACCUUCAAUCAUAAUUCUUUCAAAUAAAUGUAACUUUGGAACAGUUUAGUUAAUUAACACAAGUAUUUCAUUUAAGCUUUUUACGUAUUCAUCCGUUAUAUGCUGUUCAACAUUAUAAGGGUGAAUGUUAGUAAUUUGGUUCAAUAUCUUUUUGCAUUUGUAUUUAUAAUUUUAAGAUACUGCUUGUGAUUACUUUUAAUAAUAUUAGUAUAAAUGUGUUGAUCCAAUUAUUUUAAGUACAUUAAAUUUAAGGUUUGGGGUAGAAGAUUGCUACCAAAAUUCUGAGUGUACUAUUGUAAUAAAGCAUGUUUCUACAUUAAAA